AAAAAAAAACAGUGUGAUGGUCGAGUGGGUACCAUACCACCAGUAGGUACUGGUGGGUACUCGAGCGAGUAGUGGGAACCAGUAAUGGUUCUUGAAGUAGUCCAUUGGGCGCGCUGGAAUCGGUAGAUCGACUACGCGUUGCCCUCGUACUCGCCGUUACAAAAAUGUGAGUAAAUUUGUCGGUUUAGUAACGAGUGUUCUACUCAGGUCGUACCUAAACAGCAGUGCGUACGCACACUCUUGACCGAAAGUGUCGUGCUUUUAAUGUUUCUGGUACCGUCAGUGCGGUGGUAGGGGUGCUUAUCUGUGAUGAGGUGACAAGUUGGUUCCAAGUGCAAACUGCUAAAAUCUGUUUGAACGGAAUUGUGUACAUCAGCCACGUAUCAUAUUUAUCUCUACCUGCUCAGGUAAACAAACUCCCUGGGAACCAGCGGUUUUACGACCGCUUAUAUAUAUAUAUAUGUAUAAUAUAUAUGUGUGUAUCCCAUAGCGCAUUGCCGAUCAAAUCUAUCAUCUCAACAGGGAGAAAAGUAUAGAAAUAAAUAGAAAAUACCUUUAAAUAUUUGAUCCCUGACAUAUCCCAUACGCUAAUACAAAAUAAUCAUGAUCGUUCACUCCCAUUGACGGAAUUGAAACCGAAAUCCGAGUCCGGCGAUGAGGACGUCGCGUUUCUGUAAUGUAUGUGUGUACUUUCGUUAUUCCCGCCUCUGAGAAGGAUAAUCACCUUGGCGAUGGUUGGAAUAUUCGAAAACAGGUGCUCGAAUCUUUACGGCAGUUGUAGCCGUACUCACUAAACCCCAAAGCCGCGUUUCUUGUGCUCCCCAGUUAUCCCAAUUUUAUGUUUAAAGGCGAUCCUCUUAUUCCUCUACUUCCAGGUCGCGACAGUUCAAUUCCGUGGAUCUCGAUGAGAAAAAGAGGCAGAAGAUGAUUGCGCCUAGGGGUGGCGGACAUGCGACGCCGAAGAUUCCUCGCUAACUAACAAACAUGUAUGGGGCUAAAUAUGUAUAAGGAAUAUGUAACUGAUACGAAUCAUCGGUACAAAUGUAUUUACUGUAACAGUGGCGUGCAAAUGCAUGUAAUAAAUUGGCGUGGAGAUGCUGAAGCACAUGUUGAAUGCCAAUGGAGGGGUCGGUGGUACUCGCGGUUCUCGACCAGAUAGUUCAAUGGUGAUGGAACCGCGGCACGAGCAAUCGUCGCACAGGUACCGAAUGCCCGCUGCCGCUAAUAACAUGUCAUCCAUACGGCAACAACAGCAGUACCCAUUGAAUGUGUCCCAGUUGCCGCAGAGCCUGCUGGACACCUCCAAGCACUCGGUGUACGCCAAGGCUGCGGCGAACGGUGGCCUCAACAUCUCUAGGCCUCGUCCUCAGGGCCCCGUCAACAAGUUUAUUGCAAAGUCUAAGCAAGUAGGCGUCAAGGAAAUGUUAGUUAGUUUGGGAUUACUAUGUUUAGUUAGUUUGCUUCUAGCCUUGUUGUCUCUAAUAUUUCUCUUGAAAAUAUCACCAGUUACUGCUAGCGAUAUACGGGAGCUGUUGCGGGCCGAACAACUAACUGUAAUUACCGCCGAAGAAUACGUUGUCGUAUACGAAGUCACCUUAGCACUCUGUGCUCUGACACUCUCGCUCAAUCUCUGCUGCCUUUUGGUGUGCGCCAUUCAAUUCCUAUUCGCCGUCAAGCUCGUCAAAAGCCCGCACGGCGGAAACGAUAGAACCAACAAGUAUUUACAGAAGUCGUCCGUGAGCCGGGUGUGUGCGGUCGGAGGGUUCUUUAUUUCCAUACCUGUGUUCUUAACUGGUAUAAUCCUGUACACGUUCAUACAGUUCCACUCUACACCAGCCAUCGUGACCAGCGUGUUCAUCGGGUUGGGCAUCGUCUUCUGCGGAUGCGCUAUGGUCCACAAUGUGUUCAUUUGGCAGAGGGAGAAGACGAACGCCGUGAAGGAGCUGGCCUUGCAGCAAGAGCAUUCCGUCCACAACUCCUUCCAUAACAUCUCGGCGCCGGCGGCGGCCCUAAACCUGAACCAGUCGCACGUCAGCAACUACAGCGUGGGAUUUCUGCAUUCGACGGUCGCAGGAUCACCGCCCGCCGCUGCCAUCCUGGGCAACGGUCCGUGUCCUUACAUCCUGAGGCCCUCGACGACGACUCCGCCGACGACCGACAACAUGAAGUACUCGCAUCCGCGCGAGGCUAGCGGCAGUGUCAGCCCUGGUAUGCCCACAGCCACCCUGGACUUGAGUAGCGUCGCUACAACAAACUCCCCGCAUGAAUUAUCAACCCUAGUGUGACCAAAACGUACACGUAAUAUUCCCUCCUCCAAACUUCGGUGGUUUUUUGUUUUGUUUACUCUGCGUAUAAACAAUUUGUUUUUUUUUUAUUUUUUUUGUUUUGUUUUAACGUUUAUUUCUCUUCUGUCACCCUUUUGUUAUUGACACUACCCCUCCCCCAUUAAUUAUUUAAAUAUUUAUAAACAACAACGAAAAGAGAAAUGAAACUCAAGUCAUAUUCUUGUCAAGGUUAAUAUACAAACUAAUAUUAACAAGUACAA